AUGCUGGCUAAAUCUCUUGUCACGGCUGUGUUGACCCUUGGUCUCUCAGCCCAGGCUACUCAGCUGUUCAGGAACACCGGGACAACCUCAGGCUGGGAUUCUACCAACCAGGAGCACAAGGGAACUGUGCAACAGGUUACCAACAUGGUCUAUGAGGGAACUACUGCCCUGAAGAUGACCCAAAUUUACGACUCGAGUUAUACUGGACGUUACCAUUCCGAGGUCGUCAAGAACAACGUUUACAAACGUGGAGAUACCGGGUUCUAUGGGUUUGCCUUUCGUCUUCAAGAAGACUGGCAAUUCUCUCUAGCUCAGACUUACAACAUCGCUCAGUUCAUUGCCGACUUCUCCGAUACCGGCUGCGAUGAUUACAUGCCUUCAAGCAUGGUCUGGUUGGAAGGUAACCAGCUUUACUCUCGAGUCAAACAGGGCACCAUUUGCGCCCAAAAGAUCCAAACCUUCUCGAAUCUUGCAAUUGUCACCCCGGGUGUUUGGCAUCGGGUUGAGAUCCAGGCUAGUUGGCAGACUGAUGGUACUGGUUACUAUAAGUUGUGGUUCGAUGGUGCUAAGGUUCUGGAGCAAUACAAUAUUGACACCACUAUUGAGGACGAUCGUUAUUUCCAGUUCCGCGUUGGUCUUUAUGCCAACGGGUGGCAUGAUGAUAAAGGAAUGAAGGGAACUCAGGGAACUCGCCAAGUGUGGUAUGAUCAGAUCGCUGCGGGAUCUACCUUUGCCGAUGCCAACCCCUCUGGGUGGUGA